AUGUCGUUAGCGUCAUUACUCAACAGGGAGGACAAGGAUAUCGUAAGGAGGGCAUCAACACCGUCUUCUGGCGAAACUGUGGUUAAGGCCAAUGGGGGAAGUGAGAGCACACAGCGAGACAGAGAGAGGUUUGUAGAGAGACUGAAUCGGGAUUUUGAUGUGAUAAGUCAGAGAGAUUUGCUGGAACAUGGGUAUCAGGACUGGAAAUUCAUUAACUUCCAGGAAUUUGAGCUGAUAUCUGAGUGGAACAACCAGUCCAAGGACUGGUCACAAAAUGACGAGAGCUUCAGAAAACUGUACAAAGAUAUGAAUGCUAUUCAGAAGGAGUGGAACUCGUACAGCAAGUACAAGGAGUAUAAAGCUGCUUUGGUGGAAGAGAUCAACGAGAAGCAACGCAAAGAGCAAUUGAAGAAGCAGCAGCUCCAACAACAAGAGCACCAGCACCAGCAGGAGCUGCAGGAGCAACAACAACAAUUACAACAGGAGAACGGUGGCACACUCCGGGAGCACCAUAAUGGUACUGCCAACGACGGAGACAAGAAGAAAAGAAAGCGUAGGGCCAAGAGAACUGUUACUCAGGAAGUAUCAGCACAGGAGCCAGACGAGAACGUUGAAAAUUUGAAAAGGAAACGGAAGUUUGCCGAGGUGGUGGACGCUGAUGUUCAGUCUGGUGAUGAUAAUAGUAAUAAAUUACAGGAGGAGGACACGCACGAUGUGUCGCCAAAGAAUGAGCAGGAUGAUCGGAUAAUAGAUGAAGGCGAAAGCGUCACUGAAGAUCAAGAAAAUCACAGUGAGGAACACGAAGAGCCCGAUGAUGUAGAAGACGAUCUUGCUGGCGGUGAAGAUGACAAAACUUCUGUUGAUGAUGCAGAAGAAGAAAUGAUUGAUCAAGAGAUACCGAUUGCUGAGGACGACGAGUAUGAUGAUAAUGAUAAAGACUUUUCACCAGACGAUGAAAAUAGAUUGAAGGGUUCAGGCAAAAAAAAUAAGAAUGUGAACCUAGACAGUGAAAGAUCAAGAAUUGUCCGUGAGUUGAUAAAAAUGUGUAAUAAGAACAGAAGUGCAAAGGCUAAAAAGAGAAGAUUUACAAACUCAACAGUCAUUGAAUACAAUCCAUUGGAUAGUAAAUUAGUACUCAAGAUUACUCUAAAACAAUUUCAUGUAAAAAAAUUGAAAAGAUUAAUUAAUGAAGCUAAAAGAAUUGCCGCAUUGGAAGAAGCGGCCAAGAGUAAUCCAGACGAUCAAUUAGGAUCCUUGUCACCAGCAAGUAAGAAAAGGAAAAUUUUAGCUAAAAAUGGUGCAGUAAAUGGCAAUCUGUUUGCUGAAGUAAAUUCAUUGGCAUCGUCAAAUAUAAAUUCUGAAACAAAGGACGGAUUACCAACUUAUGGAUUAAGAAUGACAGCAAAAGAAGCACGUGCAAUUCAACGUCAUUAUGAUAAUACUCUAUUUACUAUAUGGAAAGAUAUGGCACGUAAAGAUUCAGCGAAGGUUGCUCGUCUUGUUCAGCAAAUGCAAUCCAUUAGAGCUGCAAAUUUCAAGAAAACUUCAUCAUUAUGUGCAAGGGAAGCAAGAAAAUGGCAAUUUAGAAAUUUCAAGCAAGUAAAGGAUUUUCAGACUAGAGCGAGAAGGGGUAUAAGAGAAAUGGCUAGUUUCUGGAAAAGAAAUGAACGUGAAGAAAGAGACUUAAAGAAAAAAGCUGAGAAGGAAGCAAUUGAACAGGCAAGAAAAGAGGAAGAGGUCAGAGAGAAUAAGAGACAAGCAAAAAAAUUAAAUUUCUUGUUGACACAAACAGAAUUAUAUUCUCAUUUCAUCGGUAGAAAAAUAAAAACAAAUGAACUCGAGGGUACUAUGUCAGACAGUCAACUUGCUCACUCAAUGGAUCUUGGUCAUGAUGGUAUCGAUCUUGAUAAUACUGAAGCCAAUAAAAAUGAAUUCCAUAACAUUGAUUUUGACAAUGAAGAUGAUGAGCAAUUAAGGAUUAAAGCUGCUCAAAACGCAUCAAACGCUUUAGCUGAAACAAGAGCUAAAACCAAACAAUUUGAUGAUGAUGCAAACGGUGAAGAAUUAAAUUUUCAAAAUCCUACUUCUUUGGGUGAAAUUACCAUUGAACAACCAAAAAUUUUAGCAUGUACAUUGAAAGAGUAUCAAUUGAAAGGUUUAAACUGGCUGGCCAACUUAUAUGACCAAGGUAUUAAUGGUAUUUUGGCUGAUGAAAUGGGAUUAGGUAAAACUGUCCAAUCCAUUUCUGUUUUAGCCCAUUUAGCCGAGAACAAUAAUAAUUGGGGGCCUUUCCUUGUUGUAACUCCAGCAUCAACUUUGCAUAAUUGGGUUAAUGAAAUCACAAAAUUUCUUCCACAAUUCAAAAUCCUACCAUAUUGGGGGAAUGCUAACGAUCGUAAAAUUUUAAGAAGAUUUUGGGACAGAAAGAAUUUCAGAUACACAAAGGACUCUCCAUUCCACGUAAUGGUUACAUCUUAUCAAAUGGUAGUUUCUGAUGUUGGAUAUCUACAGAAGAUGAAAUGGCAAUACAUGAUUUUGGAUGAAGCUCAGGCAAUUAAAUCAUCUCAAUCUUCACGUUGGAAGAAUCUUUUAAGUUUCCACUGUCGUAACAGAUUAUUGUUGACCGGUACACCAAUUCAAAAUAGUAUGCAAGAACUAUGGGCGUUGCUUCAUUUUAUAAUGCCAUCACUUUUUGAUUCCCACGACGAAUUCAACGAAUGGUUCUCGAGAGACAUCGAGUCACAUGCAGAAGCUAACACAAAACUGAAUCAGCAACAACUGCGUCGUUUACAUAUGAUCUUGAAACCAUUCAUGUUGAGGCGUGUCAAGAGAAAUGUCCAAUCAGAAUUAGGUGAUAAGAUUGAAAUUGAUGUUCUUUGCGAUUUAACCCAACGUCAAGCCAAAUUAUAUCAAGUGCUAAAAUCUCAAAUUUCGGGAGCUUAUGAUGCAAUUGAAAAUGCGGCAGGUAAUGAUGAUGCCUCUGAUCAAAAUUUAAUUAAUACGGUCAUGCAGUUCAGAAAGGUCUGCAAUCAUCCGGAUCUUUUUGAAAGAGCAGAUGUAUCAUCCCCGUUCCGUUUUGUUGAUUUUGGAAGAGCGGGUGCUACAGGUAAAAAUGGUGAAAUAGCAGAUGUAUUUUAUUCCACCAAAAAUCCAAUUAAAUUCCAUUUACCUCGUUUGAUUUACGAUGAUUUGUUGCUGCCCAAUUACGAAAAUUCAAUCACCGCAGCUGCUAAAUUAGUGAACCAUACAAUGAAUAUACUAAAUCCUAAUAUUAAUAAAGAACUCACACAAACGUUGUCAUUAUUAACAGGCCUCGCAUCUUCAAAGUUUGCUGAAAUCUUGAACAAGAGUUUAGUCGAAAGAAUACUAGAUUUCUCUCGUGAAAAAGAGCCACUUCCUGAAAGAUUAUCUUUGUUAUAUGAGGGUGAUUUGAAUUUUAACCCUAGAUAUGAGAUACCAGUUGUGGAUAAACUAAAACGCGUUCAAAAUCUUGGGAAAAUCACAACAGAUGGCGUUCUCAGCUCACUUCUGAAUAUUAAAGAGUCAGUAUACACUCAACAGUACUUGAACUCACUACAUCCUGCAUUCCACCCUGGUGCUUCUGCUGCACCAAUAUCUAUCGACGUCAAAGGAUGUAGUAACGUAUCAGGAAAGGUGGAGCGUGAGCUUUUUGAUCCUGUGAUGUCUACGGCACUUUCAGGUAUCCCAGUGGAAACCCAAUACAACAUGCAUAUCACCAAAGGUAUUCCUGUGGAAAAAUUCCCUGUAUCUGAAUUGCAUCCACCAGCCCUCAAUAAAUUCUUCUCCUCGUAUAUAUCCAUGCCAUCUAUGGAUAGAUUCAUUACAGAGUCUGCGAAAUUGAAAAAGCUGGAUGAAAUGUUAGUUGAUCUGAAAAAAGGUGGCCAUCGUGUACUAAUUUAUUUUCAAAUGACAAAAAUGAUGGACUUAAUGGAAGAGUAUCUGACUUACAGACAAUACAAACAUAUUCGUCUAGAUGGAUCUUCUAAACUGGAAGACCGCCGAGACUUGGUUCAUGACUGGCAAACAGUUCCUGAUUUAUUUGUUUUUCUUCUAAGCACUAGAGCAGGUGGACUCGGUAUUAAUCUAACUGCUGCUGAUACAGUUAUUUUUUACGACUCGGACUGGAAUCCAACCAUAGAUUCUCAAGCUAUGGAUAGAGCUCAUAGACUAGGUCAGACUAGACAGGUUACGGUCUACAGAUUAUUGGUUCGUGGCACAAUUGAAGAAAGAAUGAGAGAUAGAGCCAAGCAGAAGGAGCAUGUUCAACAAGUUGUCAUGGAAGGUAAAACUAUGGAUAAAAAGAUAAAGACAAUCGAAGCACAUAGUGAUGAGGUCAACAUGGAGCUCAAACAAUAA